AUGACAUCGAAUCAAGGUCAAACCAACUUCGGCAACCAAGGCCAAUCAGGGUUUACGGGACUGGAAAAGCUAUUAGAGUCGAUUCAAGAUCAAAAAAACUUCGGCAACCAAGGCUAUUCAGGGUUUAGGGAUGGGGACGAUGAAAUCAACCCCAAAUUUACUGGAAUUUGGGGUGGGAACGAUCAAAUCAAAGCUACGGGCAGUCAUCAGUUGAGGGGAUUUCCCAACUCCAACUCCAACUCCAACAACAGAUUUGAUGUGGGUGAAUCACGCCUCGCUAAAAUCAAAGCUAAGAUCUCUGUGGAGGACUUUGACUACUUGAAGGGAUUUGCCAACUCCGACAAAAUAAUUGAUGAGAAAGACCCACGCCUCGUUAAAAUUAGAGCUAAGAUCUCGGCGGAGGAUGUUGACUACUUGAAGGGACUUGCCAACAAAAGAUUUGGUGGGAACAACACGGGCUUCGCUAGUGGUAGGACGGCCAGCUUUCACGGGGCCCGUCCAAGAAGUUUCAACUGUUGGGCCCCUCCCGGAGGUUUUGACAAUAACGUUACUAUCGGUGGCUGUGUAUUCCUGUAA